UCUCUCUCUCUCUCCGGCACAAAGUUGCGCUCCUGUGAACACACUUCAAUGCACAGCUGACGGAUCCGAUAUUCUGUUUUUGUGCUGCAUUUUUGUGAAUAUGGGAGUUUGGGUUGCAUUGUUCGUGCUGCUGUUCGCUUUCGGAGAGUGCUCACUGAAGCAAGACGUGCCAGUGAUAGAUGUGUUGGGUUUGGAUGAUGUGAAGCAGAGCGUAGCAGCAGUGGAGAAGGUCUCUUUAGCUCUGAAGACUCUCAGUGAUGUCUAUGUGUUGUCUACCUUCCGUCUGCCUACCAAACUGGGUGGAGUUCUCCUGGGCCUCUACAACAAACAGGACAACAAGAAAUAUCUUGAGAUGGCCAUCAUGAGCAAGAUCAACAAAGUUUUGGUCCGGUACGUCCGUGACGAUGGAAAACUGCACACAGUGAAUAUGCAGACUCUUGUGAAUGUGGCAGACGGACGCCCUCAGUCUAUUAUUCUGCGUGUCGGUGGCCUGCGCAGAGAUUACCUGAACCUGGAGCUCUACGUGAACUGUCGUCUGGCUGACUCCGCCCAGCGGCUGCCCCAAUUGGUUGAUUUGCCUAGAGAUGCAGAGCUGGUGGAGAUUCGUAAUGGCCACAAGGCAUAUGCUCGGAUGCAGGGGUCAGUGGAGUUUCUUAAACUGGCUCUAGGGGGCACUGUGGCUCAGGCUGGGGCCCUCACCGACUGUCCAUUUCAGGGAGACGCCUCUUCAUAUAACACAGUGAACGGUGAGGUAAAUUCUAUUCUAGGUGACCACACUAAAGCUCUGAUUGGACAGCUCAUCAUCUUUAAUCAGAUCCUGGGUGAACUGAGACAGGACAUCAGAGAACAGGUGAAAGAAAUGUCUCUCAUCAGGAAUGCUAUUCUGGAGUGUCAGAUGUGUGGAUUUCAUGAGCCGCGCUCUCGUUGUCAGCCCAACCCCUGCUUUAAAGGAGUUGCCUGCAUGGAGACAUUUGAUUACCCGGGGUACCGCUGCGGUCCCUGUCCAGAGGGCAUGAAGGGGAAUGGCACACACUGUCAAGAUAUAGAUGAGUGUGCAGAGGCUCAACCCUGUUAUACACCUGGUGCAUGUAUUAACACGGCGAAAGGUUUUACCUGUGAGCCUUGCCCACUAGGACUAUGGGGUCCACCUCUCUCCGGUGUCGGUAUGGAAUAUGCCAAGAGCCACCGCCAGGAAUGCUUCGACAUGGAUGAGUGUGUCAAUUUCGAAAACGCCUGCACACCCAACUCCGUCUGCACAAACACUAUAGGAUCAUACAGAUGUGGUCAGUGUAAGCCCGGGUAUGUCGGGAAUCAGACAGCCGGAUGUCUUCCUCGGAAAUCAUGUGCCUCCCUCAGUUUCAACCCCUGUGACACCAACGCACACUGCAUCAUUCAGAGAAAUGGAGAUGUCACCUGCGCUUGUAAUGUCGGGUGGGCAGGUAAUGGUCACACCUGUGGGAAAGACACAGAUAUUGAUGGUUAUCCAGACCGCUCGCUGCCCUGCAUGGACAACAACAAGCGCUGCAAAGAGGAUAACUGCAUGUUCACACCCAACUCUGGUCAGGAAGAUGCAGACAAUGAUGGAAUUGGAGACCAGUGUGACGAGGAUGCAGAUGGAGAUGGAAUAAAAAACGUAGAGGAUAACUGCCGGUUGGUGUCUAAUAAAGACCAGCAGAACUCUGACACAGACUCCUUUGGCGACGCGUGCGACAACUGUCCCACGGUUCCCAAUAUUGACCAGAAAGACACAGAUAAUAAUGGAGAAGGAGACGCCUGCGAUGAUGACAUCGACGGAGAUGGAAUCCAGAAUGUGUUGGAUAACUGUCCCAAAGUACCGAACCCCAUGCAGACCGACCGGGAUGGAGAUGGUGUGGGUGAUGCAUGUGACAGCUGUCCUGAGAUCAGUAAUCCUAUGCAGACAGAUGUUGACAAUGACUUAGUGGGCGAUGUUUGUGACACCAAUCAAGAUACCGAUGGAGACGGACAUCAAGACACUCGGGAUAACUGCCCCGACAUUCCGAACAGCUCUCAGCUUGAUUCGGAUAACGACGGCAUCGGUGACGACUGUGACGAGGAUGAUGAUAACGACGGUGUUCCAGACAACCAGGCCAUCAAUGGAAUUGGACCAGAUAACUGCAGACUGAUUUCCAACCCCAACCAGAAAGACUCAGACAGUAACGGAGUCGGCGAUGUAUGCGAGAAUGACUUUGACAAUGAUGCAGUAUUGGAUUUUAUUGACGCGUGUCCAGAAAGUGCAGAAGUCACAAUUACUGAUUUCAGAGCCUAUCAGACAGUGAUAUUGGACCCGGAGGGCGACGCUCAGAUUGACCCGAACUGGGUGGUGCUAAAUCAGGGUAUGGAGAUUGUUCAAACUAUGAAUAGCGACCCGGGUCUGGCAGUGGGUUACACAGCAUUUAACGGGGUGGACUUCGAAGGAACAUUUCACGUUAACACAGUGACUGAUGAUGACUAUGCCGGCUUCAUCUUUGGCUAUCAGGAUUCGUCCAGUUUUUAUGUGGUGAUGUGGAAACAGACGGAGCAGACUUACUGGCAGUCUGUCCCGUUCAGAGCCAUGGCUGAACCGGGACUACAGCUGAAGGCGGUGAAAUCUCGCACCGGUCCCGGUGAGUUUCUUCGUAAUGCUCUAUGGCACACGGGUCACACAGACGGAGAGGUGAAACUGCUGUGGAAAGACCCACGAAAUGUCGGCUGGCAAGAUAAAGCCUCAUACCGCUGGCAUCUCACCCACCGGCCACAGGUCGGCUACAUAAGGUGA